ACGAGGCGCGGCGUCGAGCGUGGGACCGGGCUCCGCGAAGCGCGGGAAAGAGCCUUGGGCUGUAGGCCUUGGGGGCUUCGGUGUUCUCAGGAGUCGGCUUUUGCCGCGACCCCUCAAACCGAGUGGGGCCGGAAGUGGUGCGACAGACUCCUCGGACCGAGGCGCGGCCUCAGGGCAAGCGCGACGACGAUGUGCGGGCGGACAUCCUGCCACCUGCCCAGGGAAGUGCUGGCCAGGGCCUGUGCCUACCGCGACCGCGGCGGCCUGCGGCGGCUCCCCGAAUGGAGACAGCCUGAGAAGUACCACCCUUCCUACAACCAGAGCCCGCAGAGCUGCAACCCGGUGCUGCUGUCGCGCCUGCACCUGGAAAAGGAUGCAGACUCAUCAGAACAGAUCAUUGCUCCCAUGAGAUGGGGCCUGGUCCCCUCUUGGUUCAAAGAAAGUGACCCUUCCAAGCUGCAAUUCAACACCAUCAACUGUCGCAGUGAUACCAUCCUGGAGAAACGGUCGUUCAAGGUGCCGCUGGGAAAGGGAAGACGCUGUGUUGUCUUAGCAGAUGGAUUCUAUGAGUGGCAACGAUGUCAUGGAACAAGCCAGCCACAACCAUACUUCAUCUAUUUUCCUCAGACUGAGACAAAGCAGCUAGGCAACAGUGGGACUGUGGACAAUACAGAGGACUGGGAAAAAGUCUGGGACCACUGGAGGCCGCUGACAAUGGCAGGGAUCUUUGACUGCUGGGAGCCCCCCGAGGGAGGAGACCUGCUGUAUUCCUACACCAUCAUUACCGUGGAUUCCUGCAAAAGCUUGCAUGAUAUCCACCACAGGAUGCCUGCCAUCCUGGAUGGAGAGGAGGCCGUGUCCAGGUGGCUAGACUUUGGGGAUAUCCCUACUCAGGAGGCACUGAAGCUGAUCCGCCCCACAGAGAACAUCACCUUCCACGCUGUCUCCCCCAUUGUCAACAACUCGAGGAACAACAGCCCUGAGUGUCUGACUCCUGUCCACUUGGUGGUCAAGAAGGAGCCCAAGGCAAGUGGCAGCAGCCAAAAGAUGAUGCAGUGGCUAGCCACGAAGUCACCCAAAAAGGAAGACCAAGAGACACCCCAGAAGGACAAGUCCGACACACCCCAGUGGUCCAGCCAGUUCCUGCAGAAGAGCCCGCUGCCCGCCAAGAGAGGUGGUGCAGGCCUGCUGGUGCGAUGGCUGAAGCAGGAAAAGGAGGAGGCGCCCGCGGCCAAGCGGCCUCACAGUCAGUAGGCAGCGUCCCUGACACAGACACUCGGGUGUGCGUGUGCGGGUGUGUGAGUGCGGGAGGAGGCAGCAGUGACUAUGUACGUUAUGUGCUCAUGAGGAAAGUGCCCUGGCUUUGAACAGGGGGGCGACUGUGGUAAGUUGGAAAAGGGGCCACCUGCUAUUGGACUACCCCGCCCUGCCACUGCCACAGGGCUCUUCCUUGCUGGCCAUGGGAGCCAAAGUGUAACAUGGGUUUGGCUUUGGUUUGGUUUUCUUAGAAGGGUGAAACGUUAUUCUUCAGAAAUGUCAAGAGACUAAUGUAAGAAAAGAAAAGUGUUAUUUUCCACUUGUCCUCAAAAUAAGGAAGGCAUACAAUUGCUUUUUAAAUUAUGGAAACUGAAAGUUUAGCACUAUCUUCCAAAGCGAACAUCAACAAACAUUUACUGUGUAUUUUGCAUUGGUUUGACUGGGCUUUCCCUGAUGUGGUAAAAAUAUUUCUUCUGACCACAUCACCAAAACUGUAAAAAGCAGGGAAAAAUGAACUGGUGGCGGUGGCCGAGACCUGGGAGGAUGCCACAUGCAGUGGCCCUUUUCUGGGGAUGUGUGGUGCCGUUUCCAUGGCAGAAGUCAUCCUCAAGUCCACAUGUGCUACCCACUGUCUCACUCCGGCACUGCUUUGCUGUUGCCAUGGGUGCACUGUGAUGAGUUUUUAUUUUUGAGGCUCACAAAAGGCGCUUGUUUAUCUAGCACAAAGUAUAUACUGUCAUAAUCUUAUUUGUUAACUCCUUUACUAAAAUAGUUUAAUGUUUUUAACCCAUCAAAAAGCUCUGAUCUCUGUGCCCAAGUCAAAGUAGUGUGCUAGAAGGCAGGAGCGGGCAGGGAGCAGCUACAGGUCUUAGCACCAUCACCUUGUGCAGGAAAGAGUGAUGCUGCCGGCCCAGAAUGGACCAGGUGUUGCAAUUUGUUUCCAAAAAGCAGCAUAAAUAUUUCCUUCCACGGUAUGACAAAAUAUGUAUCUGUCAUUCCACAGGUUUGUAUUUACAAUAAUUCCUUUAUAAAACAAGUUAGUAAUAAUGUAUUUUGUUUGCUGUCAGGUUUCAAGGGGACGGGGGAAAAGUCACUUUUUUCUCCUUAAACACUGAAGUGUACCUAUUAACUUUCAAAUAAAAAUGUGCCACCCUAAAAAAA